UGUAAGAAAACCCAAACAGAUUUUGUAUUUUGCUUAAAUAAAGGGUGUUGUGUCCGAAGAAGGGGUUAUUAGUCCAGGGCAGGGCAGGCAGAUAAAAUUUACUUGAAUUGGUGAUCGAUCUGAAGAGACGAGAAAGAAGAGAAAAGCAGCUGAGAGAGAGAAAGAGAGAGCGAUGGCACUGAAAGAGCGUAGUCCCGGAACCCCUAAAACCUCCUCCAAGAAUCCACGAGUUGCAGUGCGAUCGAUUGAUACAUAUGCCGCACAAUGUGACAAAUGCUUAAAAUGGAGGGUGAUUGCAACUGAAGAAGAGUAUGAGGAGAUCAGAAGUAAAAUGGAAGAGUCUCCCUUUGUUUGUAACAGAAAACCUGGUGUAUCUUGUGAUGAACCUGCUGACAUUGAGUACAAUGCCACUCGAACCUGGGUCAUUGAUAAGCCUGGCAUUCCAAAGACACCAAAAGGUUUUAAAAGGAGCUUGGUUCUUAGACGUGAUUUCUCCAAAAUGGAUGCAUACUAUAUCACACCCACGGGAAAGAAGCUGAGAACACGUAACGAGAUGGCAGCAUUUAUAGAAGCAAAUCCAAAAUACAAAGAUGUAAACCUAUCUGACUUCAAUUUUACCUCUCCAAAGGUAAUGGAAGACACCAUCCCUGAAGAUGCUGCGAGGAAGGUUUCCUCUAGUGGAAAUGGCAACAAAAGGAAGGCAUUAAAGGAUGAAGCUUAAACUGAAACUGAUCUGCCGGCUGAUUUGCAUUAAAUUGUUUUGGGGUCUUGUAUGUUGUGAGAAUGGUCUGGCGAGAAUUUCCUGCAGCUUUUCACCUUUUGUGAGGAUUUUGUUUAUCCCUGUUGAUAUUGAUGUGGUUUAUGCUCCCUCUCCUCCUCUUCCUCUCCCAGGCUUGUCUUAAUUAUUGCAAGGCAACUAGAAAGAGCUGAUGCUUUGAGACAGAUGGUAGAACAUUGUUUUUGUUUUUUAAUAGUUAAACUAAUUGUUAAUUAACUCUUUAUCUUUAUUUAUUCGCAUUAGAUGUUUCACAA